GCAGCCGCUGUACGAAGUUAUACUUUGCACGGGCAUUGUUACUCGAAGUCGUACUUGGUACAGCUGCACACUCCAAAAGGAACAGUCUGCAUAAUAACAAACAUGGCUGCAGGAAGGGCUGCGAAACAACUAUUUUCAGGUGCAGAAAAUGUUUUCUUGCGAUUUCCUGCAGUACGUAAAGGUAUUAGAAAUGGUGGAAAUGAUGGAAGAUUUUUGUGGACGCAAGCACUACGGCGUUCAUCAUCUCGGAAGUUUAAUGUUGCAGUAACAAGUGUGGUAGGAACAUUUGGAGGUUUAUGGUUCAUUUCAAAUGUUGCUUGUGAAUUGCCAACAGUAACAGCCAAAUCAAAAGAUAAAAAGGAUGAAAAAACAAAUCCAGAAGAGAUGUCCAGAAGAGAAAAGCGCUUUCACGAGUUUGCAUCUUGUGAAUACAAUGGUCAAAUUGUAAUGACGCCACAUGAUUUUAUAGAAUCACUAAUUGAAAAUCAGCCAAAAAGUCAAUAUCUUGCACCAAAACGUUGGGGUCAAAAUGUACACAGAACCGGAAAGAUUCGUCUGACUGAACGGGAUGUUGAUGUUAUCAUAAAAAAUACUCCUAAUCUAGCAAAUGGUUCAAACACAUUUUUUAGAGAUUUACACCAAGAGGGCAUAAUAACGUAUUCAGAGUAUCUAUUCCUGGUGACUAUUUUGACAAAAUCGAAUGCUGGCCUGAAGACAGCACUAAAGAUGAUGGACGAAAAUGGCGAUAAAGAAAUAUCACUUAAAGAAUUCCAACUGAUUGAAACAAUGAUUAACAAGUCUGCUUCAAAGGCUACGCGUUCAAGUGCAGAAACUGGCGUACCACACACAACUUUGCUGCUACAUUUGUUUGGUACCAGUGGAACACAAGUUGUAACUUUUGAAAGAUUUUUUAAGUUUAUGGACGAUUUACAAGCUGAAGUAUUGGAGCUAGAGUUUCACGAAUAUUCAAAAAGCAUGAAAGUCAUUUCAGAAAUAGAUUUUGCUAAAAUAUUGUUACGGAAUACAACAUUAACAGAAGCUGAGUAUUGUGAAUAUAUUGACCGUCUAAAGAACAACAUGCAAAUUCCAAAGGGAAUCACCAUGAAUCAAUUUAAAGCAUUCCAUAAAUUCCUCAGUAACAUUGAAGAUUUCAUCAUCGCAGUUAAUAUGACAAACCUUAUGCAUCAACCAGUUUCCAAAGAUUUGUUUACAAGAUCAAUCAAAGUAACAACAGGAGAAGACAUUGAUCCCUAUGUUAUAGAUGUUGUUUUUAAAUUGUUUGAUCAAGAUGGUGAUGGUCAUCUGAGUCAAAACGAAUUUAUUGGCAUUAUGAAAGACCGACUAAAACGUGGAUUUGGGAAAUUUCCGAACACGAAAGGAGUAGAUGGUUUUAAACAUUGUUUAAAGAAAGAAAUGUCGAAACCGGUUGAUUAACGAACAAUUUCAGCGAUUGCACUACCACGAUUUGCCAGCGAAGAGAAAACAUUGUAAACUUUUUUAUUUUUUGCGUCUCAAAGUAUUUUAUUUUUGUAAUUGUAAUUAAUGUUGAUGCACACGCAUAAUGACUGAUAUAGGUAUUCACAUUGUUCGUACUAAAAAGUCUCAUGACGUGCGAUUAUUUUCAGAUAAGGUAAGUUGAAUGAUAAUGGUAAGUCUAUUCAACAAAGUUCAGGAUAUCUAAGGUAUAGCCUACGGAUCAAUUUGACGCCAAUAUAUACAAGAUUUUAACAUAGAGUAUAAUAAUUAUUGAUUAAGCUUUCCCUAUAGAAUAUAGUAACUAAAUUUUAAUUUUCUUUGUUUUUCAAAUCACUCGUAUAGUUUUUGCACUGAUAGCGAUGUUUGUAUUUAUUUUCCGUUCAGUAAAUUCAUUAUUAUUUUAGUCCCAGCAGUCAUAAAUGAGGCUUGACACUGCAUGUGUAAGAAACAUUUUAUUCACUGAUUCUAAUGAGUUGAAUUUAUGAAGCUGCAUUUAUUUAUUACCAGUAAAUUAAAUGUACAAAUUUUCGUAUCUUUUUUUUUUAUUUAUUUACACCGCAAGAACAUGUAAAAACUGCUAUCUGAAUGAAAAAAAAUAUAGCGGAAAGAAAUAUGAUGGAUUUAGCUGAUUUAACUAAACUUCUUCAAAUUAAAUUAAAUUCCCGAAAAAGCAAUAAAUUUGCAAGUGUUUUUGCUCGAGGAUUUCAAUGAGCUGUUGGUCUUUUUAUCUAAGUUUGUGGUUAUUGUUGUAAAAACCUAUUGUUGCCUGAUUUACGAAGACAGAAACAUAAAUAAAGUUUUUUGUUAUCCGCA